AUGGUGUUGGGGCAUGGAUGUGCGCGAUGGGCGCUACAGUGGGUGGCGCUGGUGGCAUGCACGCUGGCGGGGGCGCUGGCGCCCGAGCGGGUGGAGCCCUGCGCGGGCAGCCCGCUCUGCUCCUGCCGAGUGGCCCACAUGUCCUGCAUCGCCGUGCCAUUACACAGGUUUCCAGAAUGGCCCCGAAUAGAGCUGCAACAUCUAGAUAUAAGCAUGUCUAACCUAGAAGUGCUGACAGAGAGCGCGCUGGACGGAUUGAGAUUGCAAACAUUAGUUUUAGUCGCUAACAAAUUACAUUACAUCGAGAUGCACGCAUUUAGUUCCAUGGCGGGUACACUAGCAUCUUUAGACCUCGGUUACAACGAAUUCACUGAAAUACCGCAGCAGGGCUUAAAAGAUUUAAAAGUUUUAAACUGGUUGAAUCUGCAAAACAACAAUAUAGUGUACAUAGGACCUGAAAUUAAAUGGCACCACUUGGAAGAAACGUUGACGAGCCUGUCACUGAGUAACAACCAAGUAACGCAGCUCAAGUCGCAAGCCCUGACCUCGUUGUACCACCUGCUGCAGCUCGACUUGGAAGGAAACCACCUCCGAACCAUCAGCCCCGACUCCUUGCCUGCUUCCCUGACACUCCUCAAGCUAUCCAACAACUUCAUCCAUGAACUUUCCUUUUAA